AUGCUGAAUUAGCAUUUUUGCGAAAUUGACGAUGACAUCUCUGAUGCCACAUCCUUUGAAGAGUCUAUUUAAAAGAGAUGUAUGACAGCUCCUCCAAGACCAUUAACCGAUUUAGAGGAAUUUAAGAGAUCAGAGGAAUAUGAGGCCCUCGAAAAAGCAUAUAGAAGCUAAAGCUAAUUAAUAUAGAGAGAUUAUUAGAAAUACGAUUUAGACAAUCCUGAAGGAUAGCACAGUUGUAAGAAAUUUCUGUACCAUCUUGAAAAUAUGUGUAAAGUGUAUAAAGUGAGUGCAGUAUCAAGGGAAUAUCGAGACACAUUUUCAAAAGCUUACAAAAUAUUGUACACAGAUGGUGAGUUGUGUUACUUGACUGAAAUUCUCGACAGUGCAUAGGAAGGCUUUCCUUAUUUGUGGGUUAAUUCUGAAAAAUAUUCGUUUUCUGCUGAUGUUUUGGAUGCUGGAAUGCGGUUAGUGGAGGCAUUUUAUAAAGUACAACAUGUCAUCAGAUACACAUAUUCUGGCACUCUAUAGGAGAGUCCUGACUUUUCUUCUUCAAAAUUGAAAGAUGAAAUUCAAUUAUUGUUGGAGAAUUUCGAUAUCAUUUGGGUUAACUUUGAGAAAUAUUACGUUAAAGAAUUAAUGCAGAUAGAGGCAGAAGCUCGACGAUUUAUACUGAAAGCAAUAGAACUUGAUAAGGAAAUGAUCUCAAUUGAAGUGCGAGAAAAGCUAAAGGGGAGAAUCCUUGUGACUUGUGAGAAUUAUCUGCAAUUAAAAGCUGAAUUAUGCAAAGUGAUAGCACAGAUUAAUUCGGUCGCUAAUGUUGAAGGUAAAGGAAGAGAUGAUCUCGGUGUAAAAAUCCUACUCGAAGCUGAAGGGAUAACCAGAAGAGUUACUCGAGAGUAAUCUUAAGCUGUACGAAAUCUUGCUGAUAGCAUCAAAAUGAAUUUCCAAAGGUUCAGAGAACAAAUGAGAAGAUAUGAGGGUAAUAUUGAAAUGGUCGAUCCUCAAUUGAAAAAUAAUUAGGAAUUAGUUGAUUUAUUGGUUGAAUAUGAAACACAAUGGGAAAAAGGCUUAAAUUAUUUAUUGGAUCCAAAGAGAUACACACAAUUAAUGUUGUUUUCUCAUAUUAUAGAAACAUCGGCUGAGAAAUAUUCAUAAUUUUAAGAACAAUUAGAAUGCAGGGAUAGUGACAUUUUUGUUGCGAUUCCAUGCUUGAUCAUAUUGAAACACCUUGAAGAUGAGGAUCGUAAUAUUUGUCUUUACUUCCUACCUAUGUUAAAUGAUACAUCUUCUAAACUCUAUCAAUCAUUUAUGAUUUUAAAACAGGAAUUCCAGGGAUGGAGAAGACAGCAUUCAAAAUCAUAUGAAUACUAUAAUAUUAUUGAAAAAUUGCUUUUAGGAAUUCCUUAAUAAUAAUUUUCUGAGGAAGAAUCAAAUUAAAUUGAGAAGAUAAUGCAGAAAAUUAAAUUUCUUUCCAUUGAACUCUAAAGGCACAACGCUAUAGAAUGGAAUUCAUUCAUUGAUGCAGCAAUAAACAAUAAUUGA